CCCAGCAGCUUAUAACACCGAGAUCCAAACAAAAACAACGCGCAGCGCAGUGCAUCAACAACGUAAAAUUUCGGCCUCGCCUCUUUCCAAUUGGGCGACGUCCUCGCGCAGACUGAUGAUAUCAUCGGUAUAUGACGUCAGCCCAGCCGCGCGCGCGGUGUGUCUCUCGCGGCGCGCGUUUUCCUCAGUCAGUCAAACGCGGCCGACCUGUUCGCAACACCAGCUACUGCUGCUCUGCUGCUACUGCAUAUUUUGCACGUUUACUCAGCGUGAGGAAGAUCAAAUAAGCAAACAUGUCGCACUCGGUAACGAUCCAGACCAGGACGGUGACGACCGGCAGCCCGUCGGCCAUCAACACGACUUUCUGCAGAUCCUGGACAGGAAUCCUGAAGCUCGCGCAAGUGAUCCUUGGCGCCAUCAGCGUGGGUUUGUCCGGAUAUUCGUUAAGCCAAUAUAACUCGACUACCACCGAGAACCUCUUCUUCCUAAUGAUAGCCACUACCUUUAUGAUAUCGAGCUUCAUUCUGGUACUCAGCUAUCUCUGCUCGUACACCACAGAGUCCAUCAUUUCGAAAACCGUUUUCGAACUACUGUUCCACGCAAUUGCCUUCGCUCUUCUUCUUGCCGCAUCGGUGACGCUCAUACAGAGGGUCUCGAAUGGAUACUAUAAGCAAGAUAAGCUGCAACUGGGUGCAUCAAUCUGCGGCUUGAUAAACGCAGUCCUUUACCUCAUUACCACAAUAUUCGCCCUUCGCACCUCGCGAGGUCUGUAAAUUCAAGCCCUGGUUGAAGCGAGAGAGAUUGAGACCGAAAGGACGAGGGAGAAAUUUUUAACAGCCUACCAAUGGACGCUUCUGCGGUUGUCUCGCAUUGUUUCGAUGACAAUGAUACGAACGCGCCUGUUUUUUUUGUUCGAUUUCUCAACUCGUUGUGUACUUAUAUACUCGACGAUCGUGUGCAAACAAAGGCGACUUCUUUUUUACGACUUCACUUUAGUACGCGGAACGUCCUAAAUGUUUAAUUGCUAUAUGUCUAGUGUCUUAAUACGCAUAUACUCUAUCGAUGUGCUGGAAAGUAUAGUUAAGCGCAGCUAUUCUGUAACUAUAUGUACGACUGCCUCAUAAUACAUCGCGUAUACCUUACAAUUGUUGAAUAUACUGUAGAGUAACACACGUAGCUUGAAAAGUUGUUGACGGACUUGCAUUUUUCACUGAGCAUUGGAUAAACCAGCAUUUCGCAGCAUACCUGCAAUAACAAUAUACGUACGGAGUUGCGCUUCCAUGAAAAAAGAUCACGUGCAUUUACGCCUGAUUAGUUUUUUAAACUUGUAUACCUAAUUGACAAAUUUUAUACAUCACUGUACACUUUUUACAAAAGGCCUAUUGCUAUAUGUGAACGAUGAUAAUGAGAUGUAUGUCAUUAUAUUAUUGAUGUUGGUUAUAAGUAAUAAUAAGACGAAAAUAAAAAAAAAUCAAAAUGAAUAAAUUAUACAGCGUAGCAUCUUGAACUGCCAGUUAGUAUGAAGCAUUUAACUUCUUAAAUAAUCCAACAAUAAUGAUUUAAAACUUUCAAUUGUCUCAUAUUUUUCAUAACGCUUUCAUAUUUGUAUUGUACGGUUGUUUAUAUUAACGGGUUCACUAACUCUGUUGUGUUUAUCAUUAAUUAAUAGGUAUCAGUAUAAUCUAAGUUCUUUAUGUACUACACUCCAUUGGUAUUUUUUAAAAUUCCCAAAAUGUACACAUUGAAUACCAAAAAUUAGUAAAUUAUUCGUAUUAUCUGUAUGAAUUUUAUCUUAUUGUAACAGCAUCGUUGUUCCUUGUAAACUAUUUGAGUUUAUCUAAUAAAUCAAACACAUUAUUCAUCAAAAA